CAUCGGCAGGCUGGGACACCCGUCUUCUUGGUUCUCUUGUUUUUAUUUGCCAGUUCCUGCCUUAUCUAGCAAUUAUUUCAACCGGUGAAAGUCUUCGAUUUCUACUAAUAUCUGCAAGUUCAGUCGCUUGCUUUUCCAUCAACCGAUGUGACAAUGGAUUGUAUUAGAGUUACCACAAUUGGUUACUAUCAUCGGGAUGGAGAUAUGCGGGUCACUCCAGGUCUUCUCCCCAAAAUCCUUAACCGAGAGUGCCUGAAACCAUUAAGAGAAGACUUUUUCAAUUUAAACAUUGAGGUGCCGGAUUCUGGACAAGGAGAAAAUAAUAUGGUGUCUUUUCUGGACUAUAUCAGUCAAACAAAAUGUCUGGAAGAUGCACAGCCGGAUUUUGUAACCAAUAAGCAGAUUCUCACCGCACUUACCGGUAACAAACCAUUCACAAUUCACGCAAUUCAUUUGAAAGGAACAAUUUUCUCGUUUAAGUCGGGCGAAGUGCGAUAUCAAGAUACGAAGAAUUUUGGAGGAGCUUUUGAGCAUUUUUGUACAAGAACUCGAAAUGAUGAGCAAUUGGAGACAGAUGAUACGGUUAGAAAAGCGGUGUUCAAAGCGGAGAUUCCACGUGGAAACACGCAAUUUUACCGUGUGCUGUAUUCUGGUCAAAUUGAUGCAAUUGAUAAUGAAGUUGACCGGAAGCAUUAUGAGCUAAAAAUUAUGAGUCAAGGACUGAACGAGUACUUCUGGAAGGAGAAGAGCUGUAAGUUCUACUGGCAAUCUGUAUUUGGAAAUGCCCCAGUAUUGAUUAUUGGCUCCCGAUCUGGACAAUAUUCAACCCAGACAACAAAUAAUUACCCUCCAUACUCUUUAUACAAGGUUGAAGAGCUCAAACGAGACAGAAUUCCGUCUAUGGCUGCCAGGUGUAGGAAAAUUCCAGGUCGAUUUGGUCCAGCACCACCAUGGAAAAUUUCGGAAGGAGAAGAUAAUGCGCUUUAUUUUCUUGAUUUGGUUAAAGAUAAUGUUAUUAAUGAUGGAGACUGUUUUUCUUUCACGAGAACCGAUGAAAACCCUGAUUGGGAUGUCAAAAGAGACGAGGAAUCUGCUGCUCAAUUUCGAGAUGUUGUUCUGCAAUAUUUAGAUCGUUGAUCUUAUUUCAUGUUUUGUGUACGGGAACGUGUAUUGUUUUAAAAUUUUAUUUUGACCAUAAUUUUUUUGAAUAAAGCACGAAAACCCAG